AUGAACUUCGACGCGUGGAUUUUCAACGACUCGUCAGAAUAUUCAAAUACACCUCUGGAAACAUUAUUUUCACUCGAUACAAAAGAUUUCCUGCAAACUUCGGUUACACCAGUUUCGUCAACACCUCUAUGUUCUGAAAAUUGUACCGAGUUUUUGGACACAGGUGUCGAUUUAUGUUCACUUUCGACAAUUUUACAACUAGAAGAACCACUGAGCUCGGAUUCGAACGAUGGAAACAUAUUUGUAUCGGGAGAAAAUACUCAAAAUGUAGAUAGUUUCUGGUACCCGCAAGAAUAUUUUUCAACCAGCAGUAUGAAUUGUUACGAUUUGAACGUCAUCGAUAUGAAUGAAGACUGUGAUAUGAAUUCGACGUUACCCUUACGCUCGAGUGACGAGGAUAGAAUCCCAGAAAAAAUGUUCAUUUGCGGGUACGCCGGAUGUGAGAAAAUUUACUCGAAAGCAUCCCAUCUAAAAACUCAUUUACGAAGACAUACGGGUGAAAAACCGUUUCACUGUACGUGGAAUGGAUGUAAUUGGAGAUUUUCAAGAUCCGACGAACUAGCCAGACACAAACGAUCCCAUUCUGGUAUCAAACCUUACCCUUGUACAGUUUGCGAUAAACGUUUUGCGAGAUCUGAUCAUUUAACCAAACAUUUAAAAGUACAUCAACGCAAACGCUACGGUUAUUCGAAACUCGCUUAG